AUGGCCAGACUCGUGCCACUUCCUAUCCUUACCUGCCGAGCUCAGAAACAGGAUAUACGAAUACCUCUUGCAUUCCGACUGAGCAGCGCCCGAGAAGUCGGACACAACAGGGGACCCGACGAGCUUUCGCCUGGCGGCAAAUACGCUCACCGCGAAUUCAACCAACUAAAAUACGUGUGUCGGCAACUACGCCAGGAUACCUUGCGUCUGGAGCUCGCAUACAACGAUACCCUGACCUUCUUUCACUCCGCGGAGUUCUAUGGAUACCAAAAUUUCGUGUGGUUCUACGAUCAUCUCCCAGCCAUGCUUAAGAAGCGCAUUAGAAAAGUCAACGCCAUCGAGCGUGCAUUCCCGUGGGACAUUCACAUGCCUACCAACAGCAAGGACGCAUACGAGGGCUGGCACAACACGCUCACGGGCCAAGGUCCCUCGUCAGCUCUCUACCACAUCUGCCUUGCCAAUUCCGAGCUCCAUGUCGUGCUCCGCUACGACCAAUUUGAAACUUCCUGCUCGCCCCUCGGCUGGCUAGUCACGACCUGCGCGCUGCUGUGGGGCUUGCGGGGUUUCCCGCUAGACAUUAAUAUCGGCCUCAGCGUGGACGAAGCAAUAGAAUCUACCUGGAAAUAUUUCUUCUUUCAGGACCAGCACCUGGUGGGAGAUACCCUGGCUAAUUUGAGGAUGAGUGUCACUUGGGGGUUUGAUGAGGAAGCGCUUCGGAAGGUGGAUUUGCCUUUAGAGGACGCGGUUGAGAUUGAUUUGGAGAAGCGGAUUGCGGAGGCCAGGAGGAUGUUUGAAGAGGGGGUAUGA